GUCUUACGCUUUCUGUCUGUUUAGGAGGUAGCAACAUGCAAAACUCCUAAUAACUUCCGAAGAGUUUGGCACCUGACUCUGCUUGGGGAUCUUAUUCUCCUCUUUGAAACUACCUGCAAUGAGGUGAACUAGUUUUUGUUGUCUUUCGAUUUCAGCACCUUCUGUUACCUAAACACGAAGUCUGAUAGGCAAAACCAGAAUUGCGUGAAAUAUGCCUGUAUAUGGCUAAAAGUAUACAUAAUUUGGUAUCAGAGAUUGGAAAAGCAUUUCCUCUCCUAAAUUACUUCCCAUACUUUUCUUCAAACAUUUUAUUCUCUUUCUCUGACAUCUACCUAAGGGUCCAAACCAUGCCAUGAAUAGGGCCUGUGCCUCAGAGUUCAGAAACUGCCACGCUCCAGCAGGUUUCUGAGUUUUUUCUAUUCAGCCUGCUGUAGGCAUGGUGUCUCUGCCAAGUAUCUUUCAAAUGAUCCUCCCUUGAUUUUUUUCACCCCAAUUCAGAAAACAAACCUAGCAUAUCCUCUUACACGGAGAUUUACAACAACCUGCCUACCUGGCCUGCACCAGCUGAGUGACCCAAACUAAGCAGCCGGGUUUCCCACGAGUUGCAGAGAGCCACUGUAGCAUCCACGUGCAGUCUCAGCUCGAGCCCCGUUAGACUGUUCUGCAAUUCUCUAUGCACAGGCCACGCGAUUCCUGUCUCCUGAGGAUUAAGUCAGCUGCACUCUGGGGAUGUGGAAAAGAUUAGCACCUGUUGUAAAGGAUGUGCUUGUCCUUCUCCUGCACAGCUACACAGAGGGAAUGGAUGCAGUGAACAAGCAAAAAGGGGUUCAGAAGCCAUUUGGGGAAGCAGAAAGGAAAGCACAAGAAAGGGGAUCUUGAAGCCACUUCUGAGCACCUUCAGUAUCAACAGUCUCUCCAAAACACAGCACCUUUCCCAAUAACAUUCACUCACUUUUCCUUAAAUUUAAGUUCCCAUUCAUUGCUCAGUGGGGACUAUUCACCUUUUAUUUUCCCUUUUCUUCAAAGCAAAAUAAAUCUGCACAAAUAGUCGGUUCACAAUACUACUAGCUGACCACAGUAACACACUGAUUUGGAUGUAUGACAGGGAACCCGUGCAUUCUUCCAGAGGUAUGGAAACAGCAUGAAACACCACGGGUCAACAAUUUCAACUCUCCUCAGGUUCUCUGGGAGAGAUGCUUUUUUCCUUAAACGAAAGGAAACUUAGAAUAUCAGAUCUUGUCAAAUAGCUGCUUUGCUAAGCACAAAGCAAACUGAAGAUCUGCUAAGCUGACAAGACUGAACUGCAUUCAAACACUGCUAGCUGUUACCUGGCCGGGCCUCGCUUGAUCCACAAUUAAACCCUCUGUUAUAUGUAUGGAAAGGACCAAAAAGCCAGCUAGCCAGGUCAAGAACAUUCUACCUCAUUACUGCUGGAUGGAUCAUUUUGGUUAUUAUUUCACCCUGAAUGCAUGAGCUGGUUGAGUGCUCUUCAUCUAUCUGCCAGCGUAAUACAAGGUGGGGGUUUGGUACAGUUCUGCAAUUCAUCAGGGGCUGAUACUGAUGCUGCAGUUAGAUUUUUCUUCCCAAUGAGCUACUAAAUAAUUCAGAAGAAAUAUUUUUAGAUUUGGUGGUUGCUUAGCGAUCUUGAAAAGUCACUUCACCUUGCUGUGCCCAACUUGUCUUUGUCAAUUAGUACAAGCUUCUGAAUCCCAGCAAAAUUCAAGCUGUUCAUCCAUGUCUGUGCAUUUUUAAAUCAGGCCUAAUUAAGGCAGUUUGCAGAUAGGAAGUUUGGGGGAGUUCAGACUCAGCCAAAAUGCAAUGUGCCCCAAAGCAUGCCACAACCCGACUGACUACGUACCGCAGGGACUGGGACUAGAGCCACGUGCGUGGCACGACGAAGCCUGCUGCUAUGAGGUGGACAGGUAUCUUCUGUAGCUCGUGUGUUACCACCCAAGUCAACCGCGCCAUGAAUGUCACAGUUGGCAGCAUUGCUGCAGUUUGUUUAAAACUGACAGCAUAAACGGAGAGGAGAAAAGGAAACCAAAGAAGAGCUGCACAAACUGAAGACUGUUGGAUUUGAACCCAGUCCCUCUAGUUCUAGGCUGACACAGGAACAGGCCGUAGAAAUGACAACUGUGCAAAAACUCAUGUGAGAUCACAGCCAGACUUCUAAGCCCAGAACUCCUGCCACCCAUACUGGCAUAAAUCUGGAGAGACAUGGCUACUGUCAUUCAAACCACAAGGUCUGACUCUCAAAUUUACCCUGAGGUGGUAUUACAUUCCUCUGGCUCUGGUGGGGGAGUCGGUCACGCUGAGCUGAGAUUCAGACCUACUGUUUGCAGAGCAGUGUAAGGGAGAGAAACAGUUCUGGGCAGGGGAAGAAACCGAACCCCACCAGAAAGCCUCCGCUUGCUCCAGGGAGUCAGAUCCACAGCUGGUACGAGCGCAUCACUUCUGUUUGUCACCAGCCAAAGACCUGCCCCUUGGGACUUUAGUUUACCAGUUCCUUGAGAGCUAAAAGCCAGACCUCCAGUUUCACCAGGCUUAGCGCAGCGAAGGUUAUGCUUACAAUUUAUUAAUUAUUAUCACUUAUAAUAAUUGAACGCAAAACUUCUUAUUGCUUCCCUAUCCCCUGGGGUGACUCUCCCCUGCUCCAACACAUUCCCACCCUCAGGGAAGAUGUUGUUUAUUAUGCUGAUCCCACAGCCCAGGAAUACUCUCCUGACAAAACCCCUAUUAACCUCAGAGUGUGGGCCUGAGUUUCUCGGAGUUUCCCACACUUUCUUCCCCAUUUAUGACAUUCAAAGGGACCACAAAGGAAGCGUGCCUCACAACAGCCCACAUUAGUGACGCUUUUUGGCUCUGUAUUGUGAUGACCAGCAAUUCCUGUCCCGAUAGACCAUCUGGAGAGCUAUUUUCCCAAGGAGCACAUUGAUCGAUCAGUAUUAUGCGAGAGUCCUUUUAAAACUUGGGAACAUUAUGCUCUUUGACACUAAAUAGGUGUCUCGAGAGGGGUUGUCAGAAAGAUUUUAAACCAUUUAAGGAAGGCACAGAAAAAAUAAAAAUUGUAAUUAUUUCUUUAUAAACGCCAUCAAUAGCAUUUGUGAGACAGACUGACAUGAAUGUAGGAAAUGGUCUAAAAUAAAAAUGUUCUAAAAGUGAUACAGAAAGGAAUGCUUUAAGCCACCAAGUUGCAUGCUCUAAGUACAGGCACAGAUGUACAGGAGCACUGCUAUUUAAAUCUGCGUAACGUAGGCAAUGAAAUUCUGGUUUUCUGUACUCUUUUCUCAUAGUCCACCUACCUCCAGACCUGUUGCUACCGUGCAAUACACUGGGUUCCCCUCCACGGGGAGCGAAGUAUCAGACGGGCUACGAAAGCUGCCAAUUGGUAUUACUAGUAGCAGCAUCUUUUGUAAAAAUAGUGUGUGUAGUAGCUCUGUGCCUGGGCUGAAAUCACCACCUACAAACCAGAAGCAGAAAGCUCCAUGGCCCAGUACCAAUCUCCUAGGCUAGCGGUCCUCCAGCUGUUUUGAUUUAUGGACUGCAAUAAACACAAGUCUACUGAUGAUGGUAUUGGGCUGGCUUGGUUGGUUACCUUUCCUGGAUCCUCUGCGGUUGUUCCUCAACUCAAAGCAUCUAUGGCGCACAGGUUGCACACCACCAUUGCUCAGGGUCAAGUGGUGACCAACUACAGCUGGAGACAAUUCACGUGGUGGGCCUUGCCUUAGGAAAAGCUAGGAGUCUUGCCCGACAUGCAAGGUCUGUAAGUACAGCCAAUGACAACUGCUUGCAGAUUUCUGUUUCCCCUUACGCUCUUCAAUAUCUGUAACAAGUGAGAGUGGAGACACCUCCCUGUUUUCAUGAUGCAACUCAUGACUGUGAUGUGAUAUCCAGAGAAACAAGGCCACUAAGAAAGCAAGCCUCUUUGUCCACAGCAUAGCUGGCAGCUCUCAAGAGCGGGUCCAGAUUUCACAUCAUCCUCCAAAGAAGGGAGUUAUUGUGUCACAUUGUUUAGUCAGCUCCACAUGUUUGGCAAUUUUGAGGAUUUGUUUUCUUUUAAUCCUUCGUUCCAAAAACAGGGAAACCCCUGCUUCUGAGCCUCAGACAACCGAUCUUUCAUUCUGAUGCUGCAGCGACAGUCAGAGAGGCACAAACUCCUCCCACAGAUACGAAGCACAGUGACAAGGACUUGGAUCACAAGUGUGUUUCAGUGGGACAGACUAUUGCACCAACAGCUAAAUAUUUAAAAAGCCUAAACUGAGCAGGCUAGUUACAAACUUUUUAACAAAGAGCAACUGGACUGCCUACAGCACAAGAUUUUUCUUUCCUUACCAUAACCCUUGCAGAAAGUGCAUACUGCACCCAGUUUCAUAACCAAUAUGCCUAGGGACAGCCUUAGUCUAGACAAUUUAUUAUUCUGAAGCAUCAUCUAGGAAAUACCGUUGCCAUCAAGUUUUCAGGCCUUAAUAAUUGAACCAAACAAGGUGGGGGUGGGGGAUAUUUGUUUCUCUUUUAUCCAUCAACAGUACACAGAAAGUUAGGUGAAGCAGGCAAGGGGGACACUGAAGAUUUGCUGGUUUUUCAACUGACAGAGAGAAGGGGAGAAGCCAGGAGCUCGCGAGCCCAGAGGGCUGUUGUUCUGCAUGCUCACUGCAAGGCAGCAUGCCUGGUUCACCAUUCACAUCAGAUGGUGCGAGUCCACAGUUCCAAGGAUUUCCCACAUUGCCCCAUUCAGUGUGUUAAACUGUCAACAAAAGAAGUGUGCCUCUGUGGGUCCUGAGAAGAAAGCUAACGCCUGCUGCACCAUCUGCCCAGCACUUAAAGGAAGGGAUAAUGCUUUAAUCAGUGGGAGUUGGUUUAGCCCUUCGGAGUCCAGGGGCAUUGUGCUGGGGAUAGGAUGGCAUUAUUUAAAACCACUCAUUUCAUAUUUCUGGAACUGAAAAUUGGGUCAAAGCUUCCCUCCUUUCUCACUGUACCCGCUGCUGCUGCAAACAUAUUUCUUCCCAUACGGUGCGUGGCAGGACCUGCUGUCCAUUCCCUCUCCUGUGGUCCCCGAGAGAGAUCCACAAAGCCCUGCGCUUCACUUCAGGCUCCACUAACGGCACAAGUACAUGCAGCCAGAGACUGCCCUGGCUGCAAGCACUACUGCUGAUUACAAGCUGAAAAAAUAAUUCAGGGAACUGGUUUUGAAUAGGACUUAUACUCCCUGUUCAAUUACAGUUUUUUUCACAGCCAUUUACAAUUAAAAUUGUUACACUCUAAGUGAUCCAUCCACAUGUACAAUAUCUUUGGGCUGGGAAGGGAGGACGGGCAGAAUGGCUGAUGUAUGAAACUCACUGCCAUGAGAAGCCAGGACGUUAGAAGGGGCUUUGUAAGCUUCAGGUUAACAACGAGUUACAGAAUCAUCCUUUGCAGGACCAUGUCCUUUUAUACAACACUAUGUAUGUUGGAACACGCUGCUAUCUAUGUACCCACAGACACAGGUUGUGGCCCCAGCUUAUCGAGAACGAUGCUGAGGGCAGGUGCGACAGGCUGACUGCAGCCAAUAGUGAAAUGAAAGGUUUCCUUUGUGGUUUUGAAAGGCAGACACAGGAAACAGGUAGGGUUUUCAUUAAUACUGUUGUAGUAAGAAACAGGUAUUCAAAAACUAACAUCCCCAACCUGGCUAGCCUAUUAGUGACAAUCUAGGUUUACUCCCUGUUCUGGCCUCUGACCACAGAAGAGGCAUUAAGGAAAAUUAUGCCCAUGCACAACUUCCCUUAAAUCCAUAGAGCUCCACAAACUACAGCUGAAACACACACAGCAUAAAGCAUAACUGGGAAUUUGUCAGUGAGGCCCCAUGUGCCUCACUGACAGAUCUGAAAUGUGACCAGCUUUGUAUAGGAUUGUGCUUGGGGAGGCAAUCCCCAACAGCCUGAAAAAAAUAACUCAAAAAGGCAGCUAUAAUCCUGGAUCCUAUCUGGUCCUUUCCACUUCAUUACCUGUGUUCAGUGCCAUACCCGUGGCACAUACACUGAGAAAGCGCAAGACUGAACAUUCACAGGAUAUCCUGGCACCUGUAUUUACAUUCUACAAGUGGGGUAACACCAACAAAGCAAUAGACAAGAAAUUACUUUUCACUGCAUCUCAGUUGUCUGCAAAGGGAAAAUAUAUUUAGUUGCUUUAUGUGGAGAUUCAGGCCCAAGGGAACAGUGAGGCAUUUACAAAGUGGCAUGAAAUUAAAUAGGACAUGUUUGGGAAAGGCACCAUAAUCAUUACAUGUCACGGGCAGCCGUAGGAAAGCCCAGAUUACCCAAACAAAAGCAAGGAAGAGCUCUGAAAAUAACUUAUAGAGGGACUUGUAGUAUCUAAACAAUGGAGUUGAAAAUAUUUCAAGCUAACUGCUUAACACAAAUUGUUUUAAAGGUUCUUCCCUUGAUUUUAGUCUCUAGUUGCCUGAAAAUUAUCUGGUACUGUAUUCAUCUAAGCACGGUUUAAUGUCAAUGAAAGGGUUUAGUCCCUCUAAUUCUGCAUUUUUUCCUUUUCAACCUCUCUUUCGGUCAUGGGCACAGAGCAUUAUCUCUUACUGGGAUCAGUCUUCUGUGCUUAAUUUCUCCACAGCCUGGGAAAAGGCAGCACAUUGAGAUGCUGACGUUCCCAACAUCAGGCAGAAGUUUGAUUAUAAUGACGGCAAACGCUUUCCCACGUUCCUACCCCAGCGCUGUAAUGCCAAGCCCUUUUGUGUCACACACUCCCCAGCCCACCUGCUCCUUUGGGAGCAGGGUAUUAUACCCAGGCGAUUCACAGUCAAUUUGCCAUGCUGUAAUAGAUGCUUUCUCUAUUGUCCCAGGGUACGCAUGGAUUGGCUAUCGACUGUGGGAAACUCAAAGUCGCUUAGGACCCAUGCAUUUGUAUUCAGCCACUGCGUAUAAAUAGAGGAACGCCAAGCUCCCUUCUCCACCCGCUAACCAGCACGCCCUGAGCUGAAACCAGCACUUGGGAUAAUGGCACCCAGUGCUCUCUCCCUGGAAAUCCUAACACCCAAAGAGAAGAGCAGACUCAGGAAACCCACUGUAGAGAAACUGUGUCGCGAUCGGAUUAACAGCAGCAUCGAGCAGCUGAAACUGCUCCUGGAGAAGGAGUUUUGGAGACACCAGCCCAACUCCAAGGUGGAGAAAGCCAGCAUCCAGGAGAUGACUGACAGCUACCUGAAAUACAGCCAAGCUUUUGCAGCAUCUGCCAAAAGCUGACAGCAGUAUUAUUGUGAAGGGUAUGCCUGGUGCCUCAAAGCAGCUCUGCAAUUCCUGUCUCUCCAUUCAGCAAACACAGAAACCUGGAUGAAGCUGAUCUGCCAUUUCCAGAGCUCACAAGCAGUGCCUAAGGACUCUGGUUCUUCUUCUACACCCACUUCCACCCACCAGCCCCCUGCAAAACAAGCUGCACUGAAACCCUCCUGCAGCCUGUGGAGGCCUUGGUAGGCCAAGAGCAUGCUUAUGUGUUUCCUGGACAUUUUCCUGUAUUCCAGAGGAGAUCGUGACUUGCUAUACAAGUCCCCCCACUCCUCUCAUGAGUAGGGAAGAAUGUUUUCCUUUUUCAGAGCAUUACUAUGCUUGGAUGUCUGCUUCCCUUCUUCUAGAAGGACUAAAAUGAUCCCACCACGUGGAAAGUUAUUCUUAAAGAAUGUGAGAUGUAAUCCUCCUGCUAGGAGGACCGAGAGGAGUUGUUCAGAGAGGAACACCGACUGUUCUUAACCUCAGUGAGGCUGUAUGUGUACAUCUGUUGGGAAAGCUGUAAUUUCUAAGACAUUCAAGCUAGCAUUUUCAAAAGUGUCCGUUCAGGAGGAGCCCUCUCUGCCUUGCCCUCCUUGAGACUCCUACGUCUCCUCGGCUAUCCACACCUGCACUGCCCGGCUGCAGCUGUAGCCGCGGUGGCCCAAGGCAUCCCAAGCAGAGCAGCUAGCCUAAGUGGACACAUUUGAAAAAACUAGCUUUCCUACAGGUGCCAUAAUGGGUUCUACAAUAUUUGUAGACUGUACUGAGCAUGCUCUGAAAAUGGUUAAACCAUAACUCAAACUACGUAGAGGAAAUUCCUCAGGAUGUCUUGCUCACAAAAUCAGAGCUCUGUUUGUGAGGUUCAGGAUAUGUAUGCCUUGUAUAAAGGCAAAAGCUCAUUUUUAUAUCCUUAUAGGAAAGUAAGUUACGGCUGUGUUGUCGAUUUUACAAGAAGUAUUUAUCAAAGUCUUUCAUGAAAGGCAGAUGUAUAAAUUAUAUUUAUUCUUUGGUACCCCACCACCAGGGGAGAACAUGAAUUCAUUACUGUCCUUGUAGGAUGCUAUGACGUGUUAUGUGUGAGCUGCACCAAUUGUAUAACCUGUGCCAGAAAUUAUCUUCAACUCCAGAAGUUGCAGAAACUUUUAACAGUACAAAAAUAAAUAAAAAUCUAGUUAAUAAAUCCAACAAGUUAUUUUUUCUUGAGUAGUUUUCAUAGCUGAUUUCCCUGCGGUCCCUGGGGUUAAAGGGCAUGAGAGAAAGAUUUGAGUAAAAGCAAAGAUAUUCAGAAUUGGCAUUUAAUUGCCUCACCAGCUUUGUGUCCGCUGGGAACCCCUGCAAUGCUGUUUUGCACAGCAAAGAACAAAGCUCCAAAAUAGCAAACCCUACCGUUCUCAGCAUGAGACAAAAAUAGAGGCAUGCCUAACCAACAAAUUCUUGGGGAAUUUAGAGCCGAGAGACUUGUCAAGAAAGGUCACGGCAAGGGUGAGCUCAGGAAAAUUUAUGCCAGACUCCCAAAGGUAGAAAGUACUUUCAAUUAAUAGAUAGUUUGACAAGGUGCUUCGUGUCCUUGUGGCAUGUGGCCAAAGCAGCCUGAAAUGUAGGGAAUUAAAACCUACUUUUGUUUGUCUGCUUGUUUGAAGGGGAGACAUGUACAGCUGCGCAGUGUAUGUGUGCAUGUAUGUAUGUAUGUGGGAGGGGCGGGUCUACACGGCUGAUGUCAAAGGCAGCGGCGCCCUUACCAGUUGCACGGGUGAGAGAAAGGGGAUCUGCCAGGGGAUCUGCCAGAGGAUCUGGGACCUUGAACUCUCUGGUGGGCCGCGACGGGCUGACCGAGCACCAAAGCACCGAGCUGGGCCGCGGCUCUCGGCUGGCUCCACGAGCUCCCGCGUACCUCCGCGAUGCCCUCACCCCGCGACCCGCCGGAGCUGCCCCGCUGACGCGCGCCGCCCGGGGCCA